AUGCUAAUAACCAAUGAGGCUAGAAUUGAAAGUGAAGAUGGGAUUCUCAGGAAAAUACUGGAUAAGGUAUUUCCUGGUAUGUGGGCUUCUAACAUACCAGGGAGAGCAAAGAAUGCAUCCCCAGUGCAAAUUAGGCUUAAAGUAGGAAAACAACCAGUUAGGGUCAAGCAGUACCCUGUGAGAAAGGAAGACAAGGAAGAUAUUAGCCAAGUAAUCUAACACUUUUUACAGAUAGGUCUAAUAAAAGUAUGUCAGUCUGAGUUAAAUACUCCUAUUUUACCUGUUAAAAAGCCUGAGAGAUCAUACUGAAUAGUACAAGGUUUAAGAGCUGUUAAUAAGAUAACUGAGGAUUUAUACCCAGUGGUUGCCAACCCCUACACUCUGUUAACUUGUUUAACAUCUGAACUAACAUGGUUUACUGUUUUAGAUGUGAAAGACACUUUCUUUUGCCUUCCUCUCAAUGAGACCAGCCAGAAAAUUUUUGCAUUUGAAUGGGAAAACCCCAAAACUGGAUACAAAACCCAGUUCACGUCGUUAGUUCUGCCUCAAGGGUUCAAGAACUUCCCCAUGAUAUUUGGAGAACAACUGGCAAAAGAUCUAGAAUCUUGGGAAGUUCCAUCAGAAGAAGAACAGCUGUUACAGUAUGUGGAUGACGUUCUGGUAGCUACCAAAACCCAAGAGGCAUGUAUGGAGUGGACAGUAAGCCUCUUAAACUUUUUGGGCCUACAGAGGUAUCGAGUAUCCCAGAAGAAGGCCCAAAUGGUGAAGCAAACAGUUGUUUAUUUGGGCUAUGAAGUCAGUGCUGGACAAAGAACUUUAGGAUGGGAUCGCAAGGAAGCAGUAUGCCAGACCCCAAAGCCCCAGACAGUAAAAGAACUAAGAACCUUUCUGGGCAUGACUGGGUUGUGCAGGCUGUGGGCUUAUAAUUACAAACUGUUAGUCAAACCCCUAUAUGCCUUGAUUACCUAAGGAAACAGAGACCUCCAAUGGAUGAAAGAAGCAACAUGAGCCUUUGGCCAACUGAAGAAGGCCCUCAUGUCAGCUCCAGCCCUGAGACUUCCAGAUGUGAGUAAACCAUUCUUUCUAUUUUCUCACAAAAACCAGGGAAUUGCUUUGGGAAUACUAGCACAAGAUCUGGGCCCAUACCACAGGGCAGUUGCUUACCUCUCUAAGCAGCUGGAUGCAGCAGCUAAGGGAUGGCCAGGAUGCCUCAGAGCGGUUGCAACAGUGGCAAUGAACAUCCAGGAAGUGCGCAAGUUCACCCUGGGCCAGAAGAUGUCUGUGCUGGUGUCCCACUCAGUGCUGAAAGUAAAGGGGAGACAUUGUCUGUCCCCACAGAGAUUCCUGAAAUACCAAACCAUAAUGGUGGAACAACAUGAUGUAGAAAUUGUGGUAACGAACAUUGUAAACCCAGCUUCUUUCCUCAGUGGUAGUAUGGGAGAACUGGUGAUCCAUGACUGCCUGGAGACUAUUGAAGCUACCUACUCCAGUCACCCAGAUCUGAAGGACACCCCUGUCGAGGACACUGAGACCUGGUUCACUGAUGGAAGUAGUUAUGUCAUCAGUGGGAAAAGGCAUGCUGGAUAUGCAGUACCAGAAGCCAAGAGGUCAUAG